AUGGCAGUCAACGAGCAAUUUACUGAAAAAAACAUCCCAAUUUUCACCUUAUCGAAAGACCGAUCUCCGAACUUAGUUUUUGCUGAAAGUCAGACGAAGAAGCAUAGGAACGAAAUUGGUUUAGGAUGGUUAAUAACUGGCUUGGUAAUUAUUGGCGAAAUUGCUGGCGGUGGCAUUGUUGCCUUACCGAAUGCGAUUACUGCCGCUGGGCCAGUGAUGGGAUAUGGCAUGCUAAUCCUAUUUGCGUGUAUUGCUCAGUACACAGCAGUACAGCUUGGCGACAGUUGGGCGAUUAUGCAGGAAAGAUGGCCUAUUUACAGGAAACAUCAUCGGCAACCUUAUUCAGAAAUGGGUUUCAGAGCCGGCGGGAAAUGGCUGAGGCCUGUUAUUGUCUGUGCUAUGAUUGCAACUGCAAUAGCAGUAGUUCUGAUUAUUAUUGGAACACUGCGGGAUUUAUCCACCUGCAGACCAGUAGCUGCAACGUCACCGUGGACAUUACACGGAAUCUUUCACGCUUAUGGGACCUUGGUUUUUGCUUACGGCGGCCAUGGCUGCUUUCCAACCAUUGCUCACGAUAUGAAAAAACCCUACCGUUUUCGAAGAACAGCAAUUCUCGCUUUCAUAGUGACUGGUGUAAUGUACAUUGUGGUUUCUGUGCUUGGUUAUGUCGUCUACGGAAACAGUGUUGGCGAAUCAGUAAUCUUAUCUAUUCAAACAGUUUGGAUUCAACAGAGCAUAAAUGUCGUCAUUGCCCUACAUGUUUUUUUAUCUAUAACAAUAAUGAUCAAUCCGCUUAAUCAGGAAGUUGAAGAGUAUUUCCAAAUACCACAUGAGUUUGGAUGGAAACGGAUAAUAACCAGGUGUAGCACAAUGCUUGUUGUGGUAUUUGUCGCAGAGUCUAUGCCACGUUUCGGUUUUGGUGGUUCAGCUAUGAUGCUUAUAAGUUUCAUCUUUCCAAUACUAUGCUACUUAGCUCUGAAAACGUUAAAGAAAUUAGGCAGUUCUGUUGGUGACUAUCAUCGUCCUUCAAUUCAAGAACCUCACUUGCUUCUAUACUCGUUCAAUUUAGUAAUUGGCGUUGUUGGUGGGGUUGGUACAACGAUAGUCUCAUUUCAAAGUAUGAUGGCUGAUAGCUUUGAACCACCAUGUUAUGUUCGCCCAUUCUUGACCUCAUUUGAUACCAGUGUUACACAUGAUAUCACAAAUUGUUGUGGCGCUGGAAAAAAUGUAUCUAUAUACGGGAGUCCAGAAAGACACUGCUCAAUUUUCGAUGCUUAUUAG